GCCGGGCAGGGAGUGCGGGUCGGUUCUGCGUGUGCUGCCGGACGAGGCUCCCGCUGCCGAUUGACCCGCGCUCCGCCCCGUAGCCGGGCCGGUGAGUGCCCGCGAGCCCGUCUGUGUGUCAUGGGGGUCGGGGAGAGGGACCCCUGAGAGGGAGGGAUAACCGGAAGUGAAGGGACCCAAGGAGAGAGACCCCAGGAAAUGGGGACACAUGGGGAAGGGGUGACAGCCGGAAGUGGGGGGCCUCAGAAACUUGUCUACGGGACUUGGGGUCUCUAGGGCUCCAGAAACGAUGGCUUCCCGGCCUCUUCUUGGUGGGGUGGGGAGGAAGGCGAUGGUUACAGAAUGAUGGGCUCCAGGUGAGGAAGAUUCCAGGCUUCUCCGUAACAAAUGGUGUUUGCACCCAUCCAUACGCCCAUCCAUCAGUUCAUUCUGGAGACUGAGCCCUGCUCUGAGUUUGACACUACCGAGGCCCUGGAGAUUAAACAGGAAGCUCCAGGUGGAGGGUAGAGCCCAGCGUGGGGCUCGACACAUCCUUGCUCUGCCUCACUAGGUGUGUACCCUCCAGCACAUCACUUGACCUCAUACCGUCCGCUAAUAUUUACAGAGCACCGUCAUGUGCCAGGCUAGGCCUAGAGCCUGUGGACACUACAGUCUGUCUUCCAGGGAUCCUGGUAGCCAAUGUCCGAAGAAAGUGACUCUCUGAGAACCAGCCCCUCGGCGGCCUCACUUUCAGAGAAUGAGCUGCCGCCACCACCUGAGCCUCCGGGCUAUGUGUGCUCGCUGACCGAAGAACUGGUCACCAAAGCCCGGGAAGAGCUGCAGGAGAAGCCGGAAUGGAGACUUCGAGAUGUGCAGGCCCUCCGGGACAUGGUGCGGAAGGAGUGUCCCAACCUGAGCACCUCCCUGGACGACGCCUUCCUGCUGCGCUUCCUCCGGGCCCGCAAGUUUGAUUAUGACCGGGCCCUGCAGCUCCUGGUCAACUACCACAGCUGCCGGAGAAGCUGGCCUGAAGUCUUCAACAACCUGAAGCCCUCGGCCUUAAAGGAGGUCCUCGCUUCCGGCUUCCUCACCGUGCUGCCCCACACCGAUCCCAGGGGCUGCCAUAUCCUUUGCGUCCGCCCAGACAGAUGGAUCCCGAGCAACUAUCCAAUUACAGAAAACAUCCGAGCCAUAUACUUGACAUUAGAAAAACUCAUUCAGUCUGAAGAAACCCAGGUGAAUGGAAUUGUAAUUCUUGCAGACUACAAAGGAGUGAGCUUAUCAAAAGCAUCUCACUUUGGCCCUUUUAUAGCCAAAAAGGAUGGCUUCCCCAUUCGGAUAAAAGCAGUCCAUGUGGUGAAUGAACCGCGAAUAUUUAAAGGCAUUUUUGCCAUCAUAAAACCAUUUCUGAAGGAGAAAAUAGCAAACAGAUUUUUCCUCCACGGGUCUGACCUGAACUCUCUCCACACAAACCUUCCAAGAAGCAUUCUUCCCAAGGAAUAUGGGGGCACAGCCGGAGAGCUGGACACCACCGCCUGGAACGCGGUGCUGCUGGCCUCGGAGGAGGACUUUGUGAGAGAGUUCUGCCAACCUGUUCCCGUCUGUGACAGCAUCCUGCGCCAGGCUCUGCCGCCCGAGGGGCUGAGCUCAGAUGCACAGUGUGAUGAUUCCCUGCGGGCCGUGAAAUCACAGCUAUACUCCUGCUAUUAGCCAGUCCUCUGUGAGUGCCACCAUCUUUAAAUCCUUUCCUUUUGCUUUGUAGAGGCACAAGGAGAAUUUGAGGUGCCAUGGGGUCAGGCUUGCUCCUUGUCAUUGGAUUGCAGCCUGUAGGGCUCUGACGGUGAGCCAUGGGAUAAGCCCUCGGUUACUUGAAUUAAUCCAUGAAAGACACGGAAAAUGUCCCCAGCUUUUCCCAAACAUUUGGAAUCCCAGUUUGCAACCAUUAAUCUGGAAGCUGUAUCUACUUCUUACAGAUGUUGGAACAAGAAAAACUAGGACCAAAGUCACUUUGGUACUACAUUCCAGGAGAAGGCAACCUGACUGGCCAGUGGGCACACUCCUAUGAAAUAACUUGGCCGAACCUACAAGGUGGCCACACGUGAGACUGGGAGUUUGUGUCUUUUGCGUGAACACUAACUACAGACCUCUGUUGUACAUCAGGAAAUUUCUAGUUUGAGGUCCAGGCCCCAGCUGCCAUCACUAAGUUUGGAAAGCACCUUAACUCAAUUGUGAGAGCAUCAGGACAUACGCAGCACUUCAUGAUCAAAUCUGGGAGCGAGACUUCAGAGCACCUCUGGGAUUCAUCGGUUGACUCUUGCAAUAGAAACUGAAGUUUUCCCAAACCCAUAAAGCCUUAGCCCUGGUUCUCAGUAGAAUCAUACAGGAUCCUAGAGGUACGUGAUCUUACUCAUCCUGCAACGCUGGAUGUGAGGCCUGAGUAGCUAAAAGAAUUCUGGCCCAAGAAUUAAGAGACCACGGCUCCAGCCCCAGAUGUGUGACUGUGGACAAGACCUGGGCCUCUGUGGGCCUCACCUUGCUCAUCUGUAAAAUGAGCCUGGGUGAAAUGAUGCCUAGGGCCUUGGCGUGAUGUUCUGAGAUUUGGUUUAGUGACUGAAUGUCAGAGGUUGGUUUUCUGCCUAGAAAAAUUGGUUUUCUUGCUACUAGAUGCAAGUGGUUGGAUCCUGUUGUUUUGUGGUACAUCUGGGCCUUUCUAAGAGGCAUGUGUCACCAUCUGGCCCUGCCUUUAAGGAAACUAGUAUGUAUAUUCUUGGGGCCUGGCGAUUACCAACUUCCUUUUUGCAGGGAGGGUUAAACUUGAAAAGGGCAGGUGCGAUGACCAGGGUUUGUAUGAAUUUCUUCUACCCUUGAGGCUCUGGUGGUACCCUGUAAACCUGGUAGCAGGGAAUGGUUAAAUGACUUGGGAUUCUUAAAUUUUCGUCUCUGGAAAUGAUUGCAAGGCAAGUUAUUGCUGGACCUCUUUUGAGGCAGCCGCCCUCGCAGACUGUCUCGAGUCUCUGUCUCUGGUGUGGGCGGACAGACUUUAUCCAGCGAGACUGAAUGUUAGUUCUGCGUUUCAGCACUUUAGACCUUUCCUGUCGAAAAUUUAGCCUUAGCCCAAGCAUCCAAUUAAGUGGUUCAUUUGGUGGCUUUUGACCUAUUUCCUUUUGUAUUCAUUCCUUGAAAAUCGUGGCAUUAAAAAAGUGUCAAGUACUCUGUGUUGUAUAAGUACCUUCUCCAUGCAUUUAUUAGACCACCAGGCAAGGAGGACAGCUCAGUUAGGUAGAGUAGAGUACUCUGAAAUGCAAAGGCCAGUCUAUCAUUAAUAAGCUCCUCGUCUUUAUAGUACUGUUUAAAAUGUCAGGAGAAGUUGGAGGUGGAAAUUAUUCACCUCUGCAGUGCCAAUGCCAGAGAAAAACCUUUUCACCAUAUAUACUAACCCUGAAUCAUCUUGGGACCUCGGAGCCGGAAGUACCCAAAUGUGUACCCUUGGCAGUCUCCACUUUCAUCUGCUGGUGACAGUGGGACCAGCAUUGCUGAAAAGAUCAAAAGAGCACAAGGAGGAUGACUCAGUAGAUGGUUCAGAACCCAACUGCUUGGAGGUGGGAAUUGGAUAGAGGCUUUCUCAGAUCUCAAAGACGAAAGAGAGAUUAAAACACAAAACCAACAGCAAGCUAGACAGAAAGACCAAUGAACCGUUCGGCCCCACCGAGUUCGCAGAGUUUAAACUCUGCACUACAUUCCUGGCCAGUCUUGCCCAUGUCCAUUUGACUGAAGAGGUUUACGUGUAUCUAAGCUCACCUAGACAAGUACGUCAGAGACCGGGAUGCUGCCUGUUUCCUAGGCCUCUCCAGUGGGACCAAGGAGCUGUUGCAUUCAGCUCCUGAAAGGAGUCAGAGUGAGGAUUUGUCUGCCUUCUGCAGUUCCAAAGAGAGAUCAAAUAGCUUUGACGCCUCAGGAGGUUUGAAUCCAGCUGUGACACUGGGACUCCUUGGGUGAAAAUCAAGGCAGUUUCUGUGUGGCUUCACCAGGCAUUCGUGUAGUUUCCCUGGCAGGGUGAGGGAAUGACCCAGGGAGCACCCAGUGAGCCUGACUCGGUAGUGGUAGGGUACACUGAUGGGCCAAAUGGGCGGACAUCCGGAGACCUGGGAGUGUCUUCCUUUAGGGCAAAGUGCUGGCCCCUUUCAUAAAUACCUGGAAAGUAACUUUUCCCUAAAUUCAGGGCCGUACGGCAUAGAAAAGGGAAAGGAAUAGUGUAUCAGGAGACCCGAGUUCUGGCUGUAUGUUGCUGUGGCCUUGGACAAGCCACUGAACACCCCUGAAUCACAUGAUAAACAGGAUCUACACUCAGCUCUGGACCCUCUGUUUUCGGCAUCAAUUGGCUGUACUGCCACAGGGACAUUAUACUCUACCUUUUGGAGGCCUUUCCCUCCCUGCCCCAACCCAAUCUGGGUUAUUUUAUAGGAAAUGUGGGUCUGAAUCAAUUGACCUCUGACGCUGUUAAUGCCAAAUGAAUCUGUAAGCUUAGGUAAGAUGGGGGUCUUCUUCCUUCUUAUACAGAAUCUGGAAAAUUGUGUCUCUUCCUGGAAUCCUAUUCUACCUUCACAGGGAGAGGCUGGAAGAAAGCUAGAGAAACAACUGUGCAACUCUGGCUUCUUGAGUUUAUUUGCUUUUGGCAGAAGAGGCUUCAUCUGGCUUUCACAAGGAGCCACAUAAUCCUUAGAGGUUUACAAACACGUCAGCUUGUAAGAUGCUGUGUUUUUGCCAGAAAGAGGACAGUAAGAGGUAUUUACCCUGAACUCCUGUAAGAUACUGAGCCUUUCUGAAUUCUCCGUGGCUGGGCAGUUAUUUUAAAUGCCACCGGAUUCUCAGGCCAGUCAUGGGAUUACUUUUCCAUUUGGGGAGGCAGAAGCUUAGUACUGUUGGUGGCAUUAUUAGAAUACUUCAUUUUGAAGUGUUCACCUUUUAAGCCUUUUAAGCUUCCUCUUUCAUUUAGGCAGUGAAGUGUUAGCUAAGGUAAUGAUAUAAGUGUGGCAUGAGAUCUGCGGAGACACCACACAGAAACAUCUCCACUGUUCGGGAAAGAUGUCCGUUCUGGUGAUGCCUCUCAGUACUGGGAUCUGUUGAUUUCAUAAACCCAUAAAUCCUAAGUAAGUUCCUUUUUGUUCUGACUCAGAAAUGGUUUGCUUGAAAUGCCAGGUUAACAGGCAUCGUCAGAUCCCACACUCCUCCUUAAUAGCUUGUGCUCCACAGGAAGGCCCGGUGUGACUCCUGGAUGGAGAUGCUUGUGAUGAACUUACUGUUUGACAGCUGGCUGCUCGUCCUUUGGUCUCACUGGGAGGCAUGUGUAGCUGGGCAGAAACUCAGCUGCCACUGGGGACUCUUGCGGCUCCACCUGCAGCUCAUGGCAGCGAGACACCGGCAACCUCUGUCCGCUACCACUCUGACAGGGCGGGAAGGUGGGCUAAGUUUCUGACUGACCGGGGCACCAUUCGGCCUCCAGUCACAUUCCUUGCUUCAAACUGAAAUUCAGUUUAGCUUUGAGUGUACGGACACAUGGUGGUGGAUUCAUCUACUUCAGUGUUUGUUCUGACCAAAAAGUUUAUUUUUCUAGUGCAUUUUCUAAGUCAAAGUGGUGAAAACAUGUAACUUUAGUAUGCAUGACCAGGUCUUAAACAAUAAAAAUCCCUGUAAGCUUA